UUGCUGUUGCGGGGCCGUGUGAGGAUGCUCGUACCGUUUUGUCUCUUGCUAUUUCCGGCGUUAGAAACAUCGUCGAAAACCUGGGGGAUAUCUUCACUGUUCAUGAAAUACUCGUUUGCUACGUCUCAGAGUUAUCCCUAUUUGCGAAGACUCUUAUUGAGCUUGAUAGCAGUUUUCCAGACGAUGAUGGCAUCAUGGCCGCCUUGGAUAAAGCCUUGAGCUGUUUGUUUAAGCUUGUAAAUAUGAUGCCUUGGCAUGAUGUUUCAUUUACUGUGGUUGCUGCAGCGGGAAUGGAGGUGUUUAAUACAUUUUUGUCGGUCAAAUUGUUGAACGCCCAUUCCUCUGAGGAGGCAGAGCACUUUUCGGACACUUUUACAAUGUCCCAUAUUUCCCUUUUAGGACACUUGGCUCGGUCGGAUCCAGAGCAGGCCGCAGAGUCCUUAUGCUUGUCAUUGGAGGCACUGCAGGGGCGCAAUGCCAACCUGGAGCAGCAUCUGUCUGGAUCAGAUCGUCUCCAAGUACAAGAAGGUAUUUGGCUGGUUUUGAAAAUUAUUGACGCCUUUCUGGCCGAUGCCUGCGAGGGUGAGGAAGUUUCAAUUCCCUCAUGUUUUACCGGUGGUUUCAGGUCGGGGUCGCAUCCGGUACUUAAAAUUGUCUCCACACUCAUGGUUCUUAUGCAGGAGGUUGAGCAGAAUUUAUCUGUGGCAAGCCCUGCUUUAGUCUCAUCCCUGUUGGAGGUGUUUGGUACAUUCAUUGGCGUUUACGUCACUGCAGAUGAUGGUGAUGUUGCGGGAAAUGUUUUUUUUGCUCAAGAAUGCAUUGCUGUCGUUUCGUAUGUGUUUCACGCACUGCGUGCAUUUUCUUUUGAUGAGGACGUUACACUUUCCGGGUGCCGGGUGCUUGAUAUAAGUGUGAAAAUAGAGGGCGUGGCUUUUGUUUUGCGCUCAUCCGGGAUUCUGCACACGGCGGAGGAAAUGGUUACUUGUGGUCAACUUUUUUACGAGGACGUGCGAGGGCGGAUCACCGGGUUUUGGAUUCGGUGUAUUUCUGAGGGCACUUUCUCGGAACGGAUCGUCCCGGUUCUUCAGACUUUUGACAUUCACGGAACGGAUUUCACUUCUGUGGAUGUCACUCUCUGUCUUGAACGGUGCUCAUCGCUCGCCGGGUUGUUUGUCUCCCUGCAAGGAAGUGAGCGGCUGGCGUGGUGCUUUGCUUCACUCACAAGCCUCUGUGAUCACGUGCUGUCGGUGAGUGUCUGCCGUUUUUACGAAAAGGAGGUCACCAUUCGCACCACCGAGUUAAUACUGCAAAUGUUUUUGACCUGCUCCGUGGCACUGCACGGAGAAGAGGUGUUGUGGGUGCUUAGCAAAGUGCGCAUGACGCUCGCCUCGGUCAUCAAUACAAUUGCCGAGGACCCCACCUGGAGCAAUGAGGGUGCCGAAGAAGAACAGCAUCGGCUCUUAAAAUUAAUUUCAAGGCUUUUCUGUGAAGUUUCUCGCUGGGUGAUGAUGGAAUGCACGCUUCCCUCGGAUCUUCUGCAUCCCUUAGGCACAUCUGUCAUCUCCUCCUUGUCGGGCUUCUUAAAACUGUUUAAUGAACGCUCAUUAAGCUUUCCAGAGUUACGAGAGUCUGUCUUCGCCGCAUUUCAGCUCUGUGCCGAGGCUUUCACGCGUGAUUUUGUGUCCCACACGGACUCACAGGUGUUUUUAUUGACGAUUUUGUUUGCAUUGGAUGACGAGUCGGUGGACGUGCAACGCGUUGGAAUAACUGUGGCCGAAAGAGUGGUGACUUGUCUACGAGACUCGGGCCUGAAGGACCACGAGUUAUUUGCACAACUCCUCUCGACAAUUUUGCGGAGUUUUUUGCGGGGUAAAAUCGCAGUCUCCUUUUCUUCUCAAUUGGCACGGAGUCUCACGACGCUUUGCGGCUGUCUCCCCCCAGAAUCCGUGGAAUCGGUUCUUGGGGAGACGUUGAGGUUGUGUCCUGAGCCUAAACUGACUGACAUUUUGCGAGGGGUGAUGCGCGUUGUUCACGAGUGUGUUGUGAGUGAGGGGUCGUGUCGGCAAGCAGUUCUACGCAGUCUGGACGAAUCUAUUGCAGACGGUCUGUGUAAUAUUAGGAGUGUUCUUCUCGCUUAA